UGACCAUAACAAUGAACAAACUACCUCUCUUCUUUUUUCCUCCAUUUAGUGUUGCUUGAUUGGCACUUCCGUUAUUUUCUAAUGGUUACAAGGGUCAAUUGAGAUCUUCCCAAAUAUGCCCGCUCAAGGAAUGAAAGGAAACCCUUUCAAACUUAAAAUUAAGAAAUCCAAACCCACUCCUCCCCCUUCUCCCUAUUGUUAACCUUUCUUUCAUCUCUGAUCUCUGUUCUCCUGCACCCAAACCUUCCUUGCAAGCUUUUUGAGUUUUGGGUUCCUGAAGAAGAAUCCUGAAAUGGAAGAGUCGCUUCGGAAGUUGGCGCUGUGGUAUACAAGGACGUUCAAGCCCAUCAUGACUCACGACGAGCUAGAACCCAUCAUGGCAACUCUCGGUUUCAUUGGUCUCCCUGUAUCGCCGCUAUCGUCGUCUUCUUCUUGUUCUCCGGCUAACGCGGGCGGCGGUGCUUGGAAAGAAUACGUGUUUUCCGCAGCCGGAGGGUGUCGGAAUCGGUCGCCUACGGAGGCGUUGCCGCGACCGAGACUUCCGUACCCGAGGAUCGACGGGCUUCACACCUGUACGUAUCGAGCUUUCGUCGACGCUGUCGCCUUUUACCUCGGAAAGAGUGAUAUCUCCGAUCUCUUCCACGUUAGAGGUAUGCCUCUUCAUCGAGUUUAUGAUCGGCCUUUUGAUAAAAAGUUCCGUCGCUUGGAAGAGGAAGAAGGGAUCUAUGUCUUCAGAGAAGGCACAUUGGACCAGGCAACAUUUAUGCUCUAUAAUAGCAAUAACAGUAACAGCAGUAGCAACAACACCAACAACAACAACAGCAGCAACAGUAACAUCAUCAUCGCUAUUAGGACGAGUAAUCCCGCCAUAAGCAACCUUGUUCCAUUGAAAGAUAUCAUUGUGUGGUCUUCCCCAUACUCUUUACCCAAGCAUUUUUGAAACUCUGCAACUUUAUAAAGUUUUGAUAGUUAAAAUGAGAGUGGACCCAAAGAUCUUUUGUUAUGCCAUGUGCAUUGCUCAAUGAUACAUAGGUUAUACUCGACGCAAAUAGCUUGAUCGUUUAGUAUAUAUAUAUGAUUGGUUUAAGCA